AGCGUACAGCAAUUGAACAGAGCUAGAUCUUUUAUACUCGAGCAUCACAAGCAGGCGCCGGCUCUCUACUCGGACGUCGGACGGAACUUCGAUUUAGCUCGACCUUCUCGACGCAUCGGUACAUCUAUCAUCAGACCAUCAACUCCGUCAAUAUCAAUCUCAAGGAAAAGCAACUAUAUAAUCGUCUCUUACUCCUACGGUAGAGACUCGCCCCCAGGAUGACCACCCUAACCCCCUUCCGCCUGUUCCAAAUCUGCAAAUACGCCCUGAACCAAUACACUUCGAAUUCCCCGCUCGUCCGGAGAGCCGGGUUGAUCAAGCAAAAGGUCCAGGCGAUCACUGCUAAGCGGGAUAGGAAGCGGAUGGAGGAUGCCAAAGUGGGGUUUCAUGUAGAAGAGAGGAGAGGGUGGGAUGUGAAGCCUGUGGAUGGGAAAGAUGUAGGAGGCGCCGAGGGAAUGCUUGGGGCUGGGGCUGGAGUGGGCGUUGGGGUUGGGGUUGGGGGUACGGGAUAUCCUCUGCGGAUACCUAGUGAUCCAGAGUCGGCGAGGUCGACCUUGGAUCUGAGGACGGAUCGGUAUACACCUUCAUCGUCCUCGACACCAUCUUCCUCCUCAUCCGCGGCUUCCUCUUCCCCUUUCACACAUACCCCAUCCUCAUCAUCGUCAUCAUCAUCAUUAUCACAGACAUCGCCAGAUCCCUACUCGGACCCGUCUGCCGACCCCAACCGAUACCCCAACGAGAUCACCCGCCUCAUGGCCCACCCGGCCCUCUUCACCCCCCUGUACAAACCACCUCAGAACGUCAUCGUCCUCUGUCACGGCCUCUACGGCUUUUCCACGGCGACUCCCAUCCCGCUCUUCCCCUCUCUCAAACUGCACUACUGGCAUUCCGUCCUCUCUGUCUUGAGGGAACAACUCGGAUGUAAAGUCAUGGUCGUCGGAGUCAAGGGGACGGGGAGUAUAGAAGAGAGGGCCGGGGAGAUGGAUAGGUGGUUGAAGGAAAAGUUGCCCAAGGGUACAGGGGUGAAUUUCGUCGCGCACAGUAUGGGAGGACUGGAUUGUCGAUACCUGAUCACGCAUUUGAAACCGGAGACGUACAAGCCGUUGUCGUUGACCAUGAUCGGGACGCCGAACAGGGGGAGUCCGUUCAUGGAUUGGUGUGCGGCCAAUAUCGGGAUCGGUGUGCCGUCCAUGACAAAGGCCGCGAUUAAUGCCGCCGCUUCGGGUAGUCUUCCGCCUUAUUCCUUGAAAUCUCCCCUCUUGUCACGUACGAUGGGGGAGACCAAGAGCAAGUCCCCAGCUCAGAGACAACAAGAGGCUAGGGACGAUGCCGUCGCCGCGGCCAAGGAGAGUUCAUCCCUCUUGGCCUUUCCCUCGAUGUUCGGGUCUUCGAUCACCAACUACCUUCUCGGGAUAUUCGAUUCCCCAGCGUAUGGGAAUCUGACGACGCAUUUCAUGCAAGGGACGUUCAACCCCUCGACGCCGGACGACCCGAACGUCAAGUACUUGUCAGUGGCCGGGAGGACGAACAAGAUGUCGGUCCUUCAUCCGCUCUGGUUCCCCAAGCUCAUCCUGGACGCGGCGGCAGAGAGGGGGUAUGCCGAGGAGAGGGGAAAGAGUGGGAAAGAGUAUGAAGGGAACGAUGGUCUGGUCAGCGUAUCCAGUGCCAAGUGGGGAGAGUGGUUGGGCACCGUGGACAACUGUCAUCACUGGGACUUGAGGGGAGAGGGUGGGCUCUUGCCCAACGGACCUAGUCUCGAGGAUAAACCCGAAGGUCGACCUGACCCUAACGCGCCCGGUGGCUGGGAUUGGAACUACAAGGACGACUCGAUGCUCGUCAAGAAGGCCAAGGAACAACAAAAGAAGCUCACAGCCUCGUCGUCCGAACAAAAGGAGGAAAAGGCCGGUGAAGCCUGGUUGAACAAGCAGGCCAUCGAGAAGCUUCCAGAGAUGGUCAAGAAGGCUACCGGGACCAGUGGGGGAUGGGACAUGCAGCAAGUCGGGCAGGUCAUCGAUUGGGUGGGCGACUUGAUGCCUGGAACGGGAUCGAGCGGAUCCGACAAGAGGGACGCGGUCGGGUCGAAACAGCUCGCCGAUGCCGCCAAGGAAAAGGAGAGGGAGGGACGAGAGCGUCAGUCGACACCACCGCCGCGAGACGGAGAGAGCGGGAGGGAUCGGUUGGUGAGACAUGUCGCUAGCGAGGCCAACAUGAGGCAGACGGGCGAUUUGGGCAAGCGGGAUGAAAAGGCUUCGGAACGGCGGGCGGGCAAGUUUGACCUGGGUCGUUUCUAUGGAGGUGUCGCGAUGAAGCUUCACGAGGAAGGGUAUUGAGCGGACGAUGCUUGGGACGAUCAUUUGCAUAUAUAUAUAGAUACAUAGGAGACCGUUGUACAGUCGUCGACAACGAAUACGAUGCUUGAACAAAUACGA